AUGAAACUUCUCAUCCUUCUCCUUGUUCUCUCGAAAUCCGCCGAUUUUUUGUAUACCAACGAGGGAAAAUACAUCGCCUUCAUGAUAUUCCGCGAUAGAUCGAUACUUCGACCAACUUCCAAAAUGAUUGAAAGAGUUUUCACUGAUCCCUAUCAUAUUGUGAAUUGUGGUGAAAGAAAUGGCACGUUUUACAAUCACAACCAACUUCUUGAACAUGAAUUGAAGGAUUAUGAUGAGAUAAAUCAUCGAAGUAUGAGUGAAGAUGAUGCUGCGGCAUUUAAAAGUGAACAGCAAUACAAUUAUCAUCAGAGAACAUUGAUUGCGAUAAACAGGCGAAAUCUUCCGUCGUAUUUUUUGAGCGCGAUUGAGAUUGCGGACAAAUUUAUUCAUAGUAUCUAUGCGACGAAAAAUGGGUUUGCAAUUGAUGUUCAUGUUCAAAACAAGAAGGCUAGAUUUGAUUUUGUUGAAGAGCGCAAAAGUUAUUAUUUAACUUCUGAGAAAUGUAUUGAAUAA